UCAGGCCUGGAAGGAGGAUGAAAAGGGGCUUAGGAGCCCAAGCUUCCCUCCGCCCUCCUUUCUCCAAAUCCCAAAAGCCUUGGAAAGAAGAAAAGGGGGGUAAGAAGGGGUCCAAAAGACCCCUCCCCUUUCCACUCCCUCCCUCAACUUUCCCCCCUCCCUUCCCCAGGGAUCAGGCCACCCAUUUAAAGCCUCUGGUGCUGUCUUUGGGGUCCCAGUGCUGAAAGCCGGCAAAGGAAGGCAGAGAUGGGCAGGCUCUUUCCUCCUCUUCCGCUGCUGCUGUGGCUGGUCCUUCUGGGCUCCCUUCUGGGCUCUUCCCAGGACUCAGAGGCCCACCUGGAAGGGGCGGCGUUGGAGGGGGGCCCAAAGAGGGUCAAGAGGGGCUUCACUUACCCAGGGACCCUCUGGUGCGGAGCCGGGAACAUCGCGGGGAGCUACGACGAACUGGGCGAACACCGCGAGACAGACCGAUGUUGCCGGGACCACGACAACUGCCACCACGUCAUCCACCCCUUCGACUACAAAUACGGCUACCGCAAUUUGCGUUGGCACACCAUCAGCCACUGCGACUGUGACAACCGGCUGAAGGCGUGCCUGGGGUCGGUGAACGACACGUCGUCGCGGGUGGUGGGCCAGGCCUUCUUCAACGUCAUCCGGGUGCCCUGCUUCCGGUUCGCCUACAAGGAGCAAUGCGUGGAGCCCUACCUCUACGUCUGGUGUAGAAAUUACAGUACGGUGGCCGUCGCGGUGGUACAGGAACAGGCAAUGUACGAAUACGGCGGGGAGGUCAUCGAUGGGCGGUUGAUAGACGGCCGAUUGAUGACAACAAUCCCGUCACCAAGGUUAGCGACUCCUCGACAUCAACCAGACGUGCCUGUUGUGGAAGUCACCGAAACCCCUGAGAAGCCCGUUGUGAUCACCAAUCCACCUGUUCAGCCCAGCGGAUUCGGGAAGAAGCAACCAAACAACCCUGAUUCUGCCAUUAGGCCUCGUAAGAAUCGUCCAGAUCCUCCACUUAAGCCAAGUCGUUUUGGUAAGAAACAACUGGACAAGCGUAUCAAAGUUCACCCCGGUAAGAACAAACCACACAAGACCGUUGCGGUCACAGAUUCUCCUGUUCGGCCCAGCGGUUUUGGUAAGAAACAACCAGACGAGCGCGUCGUGGUGAUCACUGAUGCUCCUGUUCGACCGGAUGAGUCGGUUGUGAUCACCGAUCCUCCAGUUAGGCCAAACGGAUUUGAAAAGAAUCAACCAGUGGUGAUCACGGAUGCUCCCGUUCGUAAGAAUCGACCGGAUGAAGCCAUUGCGACGAUCACGGAUGCUCCCGUUCGUAAGAAUCGACCGGAUGAAGCCAUUGCGAUGAUCACCGAUGCUCCCGUUCGUAAGAAUCGACCGGAUGAAGCCAUUGCGAUGAUCACCGAUGCUCCCGUUCGUAAGAAUCGACCGGAUGAAGCCAUUGCGAUGAUCACCGAUGCUCCCGUUCGUAAGAAUCGACCGGAUGAAGCCAUUGCGAUGAUCACCGAUGCUCCCGUUCGUAAGAAUCGACCGGAUGAAGCCAUUGCGAUGAUCACCGAUGCUCCCGUUCGUAAGAACCGACCGGAUGAAGCCAUUGUGAUGAUCACCGAUGCUCCCGUUCGUAAGAAUCGACCGGAUGAAGCCAUUGCGAUGAUCACCGAUGCUCCCGUUCGUAAGAAUCGACCGGAUGAAGCCAUUGCGAUGAUCACCGAUGCUCCCGUUCGUAAGAAUCGACCGGAUGAAGCCAUUGCGAUGAUCACCGAUGCUCCCGUUCGUAAGAACCGACCGGAUGAAGCCAUUGUGAUGAUCACCGAUGCUCCCGUUCGUAAGAAUCGACCGGAUGAAGCCAUUGCGAUGAUCACCGAUGCUCCCGUUCGUAAGAAUCGACCGGAUGAAGCCAUUGUGAUGAUCACCGAUGCUCCCGUUCGUAAGAAUCGACCGGAUGAAGCCAUUGCGAUGAUCACCGAUGCUCCCGUUCGUAAGAAUCGACCGGAUGAAGCCAUUGCGAUGAUCACCGAUGCUCCCGUUCGUAAGAACCGACCGGAUGAAGCCAUUGUGAUGAUCACCGAUGCUCCCGUUCGUAAGAAUCGACCGGAUGAAGCCAUUGCGAUGAUCACCGAUGCUCCCGUUCGUAAGAAUCGACCGGAUGAAGCCAUUGUGAUGAUCACCGAUGCUCCCGUUCGUAAGAAUCGACCGGAUGAAGCCAUUGCGAUGAUCACCGAUGCUGCCGUUCGGCUUAAUCGGCCGGAUAAGAAGCACCGGAGAGGCAAAGGCAAGAAGAGGAAAGGAAAGAAGGGGAAAGGCAUGAGAAAGAAGGAGGAGAAAACACAACAGAACGUGCCACCCGUUCCCCUCGGAGAUCCGGAAAAGGAGUUAGCGGCCCAAGAAGCAGGGAAGAUGGGCUUCGGAGGCCCGUUUUUGGGCGAGGAGGACCCGUUCAACGCUAUCCUCAGCGACGACCCGGGCAAAGAGGUGAUCGUGCCGGAUCCCGUCCCAACAAUUUCCUCAUCCGUGGGGCCUUUUCGGAAGAAGAGGAAAGAGCGACGUCGCCCGGCGAAGAAGGAAAAGAGCCCGGCGUCGAGCUGAGACUUCGGAGGGGAUCCAACACGGAGUAAUAAAUUGAGCAAAGCCUAUCGUGUCCAGCGGUUUCCCAAAAAAAGCACUCCAUUACCCAUCUGGUUUGUGUGUUUGGACAGAUUGGAGGUUAUGCUAAGCCAGGGGUGGGCAAACUAUGGCAUGUAUUUGGCUCCGAGGAGUGUUUGUGUCCACAUUUCAAACUUUAUUUAACAAGGACAUAAUUCCUAUCGGGAAGAGAUCCCUGUGUCCUUAUUUUGCCUCCGUUGUCCCCAAAGCUGGCCCCACAACCUCCCUCCAGAGAUAACACUUCUGAUGUUGUCAAAAUAAAUAUCCUGUCUCCGGAACGCCCAUUUCAAACUUUAUCUGCUUAACUUGGCCUCAACCAUUUCGGUCAUUUUCUGGCCGUGUCUAUUUAACAAUCCCUGACAUUCCCCGAGUCUUUCCUCAAGACUCAUCGGCCUCGAAGGCUAAAAAAAAACACAUUUCCCGACCCAAUAUAUUCUGGUCUCCUGACCCAAAUGGCACCGAUCCAUGCGACUAUUCCCGUUCCAACUCCAAGGAACGCCGAUUUCUUUUUCGGGUUGCCAAAGACGCCGGCGCGUUUGCCAACAACGCUUUUCAAGGGCGAGAAAAGCGAGAGGCCCGAACAACCGAGCGGGGAAAACAUUCGUCCCCAGAAAGAGCCCAAGCCAAACUUCAAUGGGGAAGAGCAUACGAGGGGUGCAAAAUACCCAACUUUUGACCACCCAGAAUAUUGUUAUUUAUAUAUACAGUAGAGCAGGGAUCCCCAAACUAAGGCCCGGGGGCCGGAUGUGGCCCUCCAAGGUCAUUUACCUGGCCCCCGCCCUCAGUUUUAUAAUAUAAUAUUUUUAUAUCAGUUUUAAUAAUAUAAUAUAUUGUAUAUACAUAUAAUAUUGAUAAUAAUCUUAUGUUAUACAAUAUAAUACUAAUAGUAAUACCAUAUAAUAAUAUUAAUUAUAUGUUAUAUAUUACAUAUUAUAUAAUAGUAUAGUGGUAUAGUUCAAUAUCUAUAUAUAUAAAAGAGUGAUGGCAUCACGGUGACCCACAAAACAACAAAACUACAGGCCCCCCAAUCUCGAAAUUUGACAACACAACCCAUCAUCCAAGCUUCUAGGUUGAUACAACAAAAAGAAAAGAAAAAUAAAGUCCAAAUUAGAGGGAGAGGAAUAAUUGCUUUUAUCCAAUUGCUGCCAGUUAGAAGGCUAAGCUCCUCCAACUUGGUCUCCUAGCAACCCAAUAAAAAAAUCAAAAAACACUAAAAAUAAUUAAAAACACUAAAAAAUUAAUACAAUAAAAUACUAUAACAGAAAAUAACUAAAAAUAAUACAAGAAAAUGAUAAAAUAUAAUAAAUAAAAAGAUAACUUACAAUAAAAAUAAUUUAAAAAUACAAAUAACGUCAAAUAAAAAUUACACAACAAUUUUUAACCAGUACCACCACCACUUUGCCACAGCAACGCGUGGCCGGGCACAGCUAAUCUAUAUAUAUAAAAGGAGAAUGGCAUCGCUCCACCGGGCAAAACAACAAAACUAAAGGCCUCCCAACCUCAAAAUUUGAUAACAGAACCCAUCAUCCACUUCUCUAGGUUCAUCCCCAACCUCCAUGGGGCCUAAAAAACCCCAAAAACUGGAACGCUCCAUCUGCGCCUGCCCCCAGGCUUACAAGCAGCGAGUCUACUCACUGCAAUUCCAAUUGGCCACAGCAGCGCGUGGCAGGGCACAGCUAGUAGUAAUAUAUAAUGCUAAUAUUGUGUUAUGCUAAUAAUAUAAUAUAUUGUAUGUACAUAUAGCUGCUCUAAGUGCCCUUCGGGGAGAGAAGGGUGGGAUAUAAAUGUAGUAAAUAAAUGCAGUAAAUAAAUAAUUAAUUUUAGACUUAG